AUGAUCAUCAAAACGAAAAAAGUAUUUAUUGGUGGUUUAUCAGCAGGAUCAACGGUACAGGAUAUGCGUAAAUAUUUUGAGCAAUUCGGAAAGGUAGAAGAUGCGAUGUUAAUGUUUGAUAAGAAUACAAAUCGUCAUCGAGGUUUCGGAUUUGUCACAUUCGAUAACGAUGAUGUUAGUGAUAAAGUGUGCGAAAUUCAUUUUCAUGAAAUUAAUGGUAAAAUGGUGGAAUGUAAAAAAGCACAACCGAAAGAAGUCAUGUUACCUGUACAACAGAAUAAAAAUAGAGCCGCGCAAAUACGUAGUUUAUACGGAAUGGGUGCAGAACAGUUACUGGCUUAUGCAUUUCCUCGACUUGGUACUUAUGGUGCGAAUAUGCUCUAUCCUGGUGCAAUAUUACCAAAUACAACCGCUUCUUUGGUGAGUGCAGCAAGCAAUCCAUAUAUUAUUGAUGCACAAAAGUUGAGUCUGUUGGCGGAUGCUACUCGAACUCAAGUAUCACUUCAAGACCUCAGUCAAGUUUUCAAUGCAUUGCCAUAUGCAUCGUUAACGCCAACAUCGCCACCAGGAAGUGUAACGAAUGGAGCAACUAGCGGUGGUAUUGCGCGAGGCUUCAAUGUCGCUGCGGCUCAAUUAAGUGCUGCACAGCAAGCGUUCGAGACUGCUGCUUUAUAUGCAAGUGUUAGUGGUGAACCAUUUCCCGCAAUAUAUCCAACAAUACAUCAUCAAAAUACCCAAAUACCCCAUUCUUUUCCUAAAGUGUAG